AUAAUGUAUAAGGUAAUGAGAAACGACUCGUUAGACUCAGAAAAUAAUGUAGAACAAUAUGAUGAAGAUCAGGAUUAAGAAGAUGGGUAAGAUGUUGACAUGGAAGGAUAACAAUAUUAUGAUUAUGAAGAAUAAGAUAUAUAACAGCAAGAAGAGUAUUAAGAAUAUCAGCCAGAGGAACAAUAGGAUGAGUAAUAAAGUAAUAUCUUAUAGUAAGAAGGUUUUAAAUAUCAACCAUUUGACUAAAGGAAGUGGCAAUGGGCAGAACCGCUGAUAGAGGGAGUUCCACCUUGUGCUCGAGGUGGUCAUUCAGCAACAUUGAGUGGAGCCUCUAUUAUAUUGUUUGGGGGACAUUAUUAUGCCAAUAAGGAUGAGGGAUAUAAAUACUUGAAUGACACAUAUUAGAUGGAUGUGAAUGCAAACAGAUGGUUCAAAGCCAAGGUUCAAGGUACUCCACCUGCUCCCAGAUAUGCUCAUUCUGCAGUUUUGGCAGGAUAAAGGAUUAUUAUUUUUGGAGGAAAGGGAGAGAAAUGCGUCUUUAGAGACCUACAUGCUCUCGAUCCAUUAACAUUAACAUGGUAUUAAGGACCUGAAGGAUCCGGUUCUCCAAGUGCUAGAUUUGCUCAUUCUGCUACUUUGGUAUGUACUUUGGUAGUAUUAAUCAUAGUACGCCUCUACAAAAAUGAUAAUAUUUGGGGGUUGGAAUGGAAUCGAUUAUUUUAAUGAUCUCUAUGUCCUGGACUUAGAAGUCAUGGCUUGGUCUCAACCACCAUGUACAGGCCCUUCUCCCACUCCUCGUUAAGGACACACGGCUAUAUAGGUGGGAGCCAACUUAAUCAUAUAGGGAGGUUUCUAUUAUUAGGAGGAUAAAUCUCUUAAGACAUUACAUAAGACAGCAAAUCCUCGACAUGGAUCGCAUCUAAGAGGCUGUUAUUUGAAUGAUAUUAGAAUUCUCGAUACUGAACACUUUGCAUGGAGUAGGUUAAGAGUAAGUGGAACUCCUCCUGCUCCACGAUAUGGACACUCAGCUAAUGUCAGUGGGGCUGACAUUGUAGUGUUUGGGGGAUGGUCACUAAACUCAGGAGCCAGGAGGUUCUAUAUUUAUCUAUUGUUAGCGAAAAUAAUUUUGCCACUCCUCCAGACAUCGAUUACUUGAUAGUUUUGAACACUGAGAAAAUGUGUUGGGAGAAGGCCAAGUAUGAGGGGAAUGCUCCAAGAAAUAGAUAUGGUCAUACAGCCACUUCCAUUGGUCCACACAUAUUGAUAUUUGGAGGGUGGGAAUAUAACAGAGCUACGAAUCAAGUAGUUGUGCUAAGAGAUCUUAAUGUCGGACAAUAAUAGUAGGAGAAGAAAAAAUGA